AUGCAGAGCACGUUGCGUGUAUGCUCUCGUUGUACCGUUUUACGUAAUCAACCCGCGUAUGCGCGAACAUACGCUCGCAGACACCCAGCAUACCGAACAAUCGACCAGAAGGCUGAUACGAAUCCAUUUCAAUCAUCGAAUCUAUCUCAUCAAGGUGAUGAUGUCGAUGCGGGUGAGCAGCAAAUUGCUCGCAAUGGUAUCCGCCGCUGGCUAAGCCCCGGAAAACUGGCCUUUUAUGUACUCCUUGGUUUUGGAGGCUACCGUCUCUACAUCUGGCAAACCAACCCAGCGAGAAGCCGGAUACUUAACCCCAAGAACUUCAGCCCUUUUCUUCUGGAAACGCGAGACAAAGUCUCGCCGACCAGCGCGGUCUUAAAUUUAAUCUCCUACCCAGCUGGCCAAAAUGGCGAAUUCAUCAAUGCAGCCUGGCGAACCGGCUGCUGGAGCGUUGAAAUCAUUCAACCGGAACUGCAGAUCAAACGAAACUACACUCCGUUACCGCCCUCAGAUGGAAGUCCAAUGGAGCUAAUGCGACUGUUCGUCCGCGAGGAGCCCAAUGGGGAGGUCAGUAGGUUUUUGCAUCAAAUUAAUCCUGGUACCAUUGUGCACAUGCGUGGCCCAUAUUUGGAAUACGUUGUGCCAGAUGAUAUUGAGGAGAUCAUUUUCUUAGCGGGUGGAACAGGGAUUGCGCCGGCGCUGCAGGUCGCGCAUUGCCUCUUCAAGGCGAGGGACAUGGCGAAGGAUGAACUGCCAAGGAUGAGGAUCCUUUGGGCAAACCGAAGGAGGGAAGACUCGAAAACUGGAUUGGAACCAGAGGAUGUUCAACAAUUCCGGCGAAAUCUGUGGGCGAGAAUCAGAGGAGCGGUCACUAAUGAUGCGGGUGUGAAGCAGAAGCAGGUCGACCUAGGAGAUAAGGCGCCGCGGACUGUAGUCCAGACGCAGCUGGUUGAGCAAGUCGAAGAUUUCGUUAAGAAAUCGGACGGGAGAGUCCGCGUGGACUACUUCGUAGACGAAGAAGGCUCUUAUGUUACGGAGCCGCUUCUGAGGUCUCUUCUUAAAAAGACACCAGAAAGCCUGUAUGAUGGACUAGACGGAGGCAACACGAAGAAGAGACUGAUUCUUCUAUCGGGUCCUGACGGCUUUGUCGAAUAUUUCGCAGGACCCAAGCAGUGGUCUGGGGGAAGACAAGUGUCUGGGCCGCUCGGAGGCCUUCUCUUCAAAAUCAACGCAGAUGGCUGGGACGUGAGUAAAUUGUAG